AUGGCUAAGGGGUCCCAACUAUCUCAGCUUAAAGCAGCUCUCAACCAAGCAGGACUCUCGCGACCUCCGCAGAACAGCAAAAAAAGGAAGCGCACGGCACCAGAUGAAAAGGACAAGGAGAAGCAAGCAGCGAAACUAAAGGAGAUACACCAAAAGUUGAAUCCAUUCGACGUAAAAGUCACAAAGUUAAAGCAUGAUGUAGGUGGAAGAAAGAUUGCUGGUGUCACGGGUAGGCCCGCCCAGAGCAAGCAAGCUGGGAUAGAGCAGCGAAAAAAGACGCUACUGAAGGAGCUUGAAGGGAAAAAUCAUGCAGGUGGUGUUCUCGACCGUCGGUUUGGUGAAAACGAUCCGACUAUGACACCCGAGGAACGCAUGCUGGAGCGAUUUACGCGAGAACAACAGCGUGUUUCUAAGGGGGAAAUAUUCAAUCUAGAGGAUGAAGAUGAGCUCACGCAUUAUGGACAAAGUCUAUCUAAACUGGAUGAUUUCGACAACGUCGGGCUCGGACUAGAUGACGAAGAUGACGAAGACAGAGGCCAGCUUGAUCGCGACACGGUACGGAGGAGUCAUUUUGGAGGUUUUGGAGAUGAUGCAGAGGAUGAGGACGAAGAGCCUGCUCGGAAGAAGUCUAAAGCAGAGGUAAUGGACGAGGUCAUCGCAAAGAGCAAAAUAUAUAAGAUGCAACGGCAAGCGCAACAGGAAGAGGACGAAACUCUUCGUCGCGAGCUCGACCAGGAACUUGAUUCCUUACGCUCUCUACUUUAUGCUCCUGACCCUUCAGGGACUCCAGGGGAACAUAGCGCACAAAUCGCUGCUACGCCCACCAAGCUUUCUGCACAGGACCAGGAGUAUGAUCAAAUUGUAAGGGAGUUAGCGUUCGACAAGCGCGCAAAACCAAAAGACCGGACGAAGACAGAGGAGGAAAUAGCGGCGGAAGAGAAAGAAUCUUUGGAGAAGGCGGAGCGUAGACGGAUACGACGGAUGAAUGGAGAGCCUGAAGAGAGUGACGAGGAGGGGUCAGGCAAGAAGAACCUGACAAAAGGACACGGUGGGGACGAUCUAGAUGAUGAUUUUCAUGAGGAAGGAGAAUGGAAUGGGUUGGGUAUGGGAUUGGGAGACGAUACCAAAGCUGACGAGGAGGAAGAUGCAGAUGAGCGAGAGCGAGAGGAGAGCAGCGAAGACGAAGCUGACAGCGCGUCGAUUGACUCUGAGAACUCUGAAGAUCCAGAAGCUGAAGAGGGAGACUCUGAGGCUCUUGUAGGCAUGACGCACCGAACGAGAUCGAAAACCUACCGGACCAAAGAGUUACCAUUUACGUUUCCGUGUCCGUCUAACCACGACGAAUUCCUGGAAAUCAUUGAUGGGAUCGAUGAUGCGGAUGUGCCCACUGUUGUUCAGCGAAUGCGGACUUUGCAUCACCCCAGUCUUGCAGAAGACAACAAGUUAAAGUUGCAGGGUUUGACCAGCGUGCUCAUCGACCACGUCCUAUACAUCACUUCGCCUUCAACUCCACGCUUUUCCCUUUUGGCUUCUCUGAUCCCUCAUCUCUAUGCGCUGACAAAAUCAUACCCCAUUCAGUCAGCAGAGCAUUUCGUCUCGAAGCUCACCCUGAUGCAUAAGAAUCUCAAGCGGGGUUUGUCGCGAGGAGCGACCCAACUGGACGCGAAAACAUGGCCGGGUUUGCCAGAACUGUCUCUCCUACGAGUAAUAGGAGAGAUAUGGCCGACUAGUGACAAGAAUCAUCAUGUUGUGUCUGUGGCUCGUAUGCUGAUGGGGGCUUACAUCGGGCUUGGACGCGUUAGGUCAAUACAAGAUCUAGCGAGCGGCGCGUUCCUUUGCUCGCUGUUCCUCCAAUACGAGUCGUUAUCCAAGCGAAUCGUGCCGGAGACGGUCAACUUCUUGGCGAACUCCGUGCUACAUCUGGCGCCGCAUACAUUCGCGGAUAAGUCAUCUUUACCUGGCUUCUUCCCAUGUCAAGAUUUCGGGUCAAAGCAGUGUGCGUCUUUGGCGAUUGAUUUUAGCAAAAUGAAAAAGACAACUUUGGGAAAGCCGAAUCUCCCACAGCUACUUAGUGAUACUGACACCAGCGAACAAGGGAAGCUAAAUUUAUUAGGCUUAUCCCUUGAGCUACUGGAUCGUUUCGCGGAUAUGUACAAGAGUUUAGAUGGUUUUAUCGAACUGUACGAUCCCAUCUUAAGGCUCCUUGACGGUGUUCGCUCGCAAAGCUUCCCUGAAGGUUUACUGGAACGCCUCACUUCUAUAAAAGAUACUAUCAGGCGAUUGCUCAAGUUCUCUCGUCAAGCGCGCCGCCCACUCAUGCUCCAAGCACACAAGCCUAUACCCAUACCUACCUACGUGCCUAAGUUCGAGCAAUCGUCGUCCAACUACUUGCGCAAUCGCGACCCUGAUCACGAACGGAACGAGGCUGCAAAACUACGUCGGCAAUACAAGCAGGAGAAGAAGGGUGCUAUUCGUGAACUCCGUAAGGAUGCGCGCUUCCUUGCUUCAGAGCAGCAAAACCAGCAGAAGGAGAAGGACAGGGCAUAUAAUCAGCGUAUGAAGAGGGUGAUCGGUUCGUUGGAAUCAGAACGGGCGGAGGAGAAAGCCAUGGAAAGAGAGAAGACGAAGGAAAAAAAACGGUCCGGACGGAAGUAA